AUGCUUUCGCUGGGAAUUCUCGCCGUGUUCGUGGGCAUGGCCAGCCCGGCCAUGGCUGCAUCUGCGGCGGACUGGCGAUCGCAGUCGAUUUACUUCAUGCUCACGGAUCGUUUCGCGCGCACUGAUAACUCGACUACUGCCACCUGUGAUGCAAAUAUGGGAAACUACUGUGGGGGUUCUUGGCAGGGUAUCAUCAACCAUCUUGAUUACAUCCAAGGAAUGGGAUUCACGGCUAUCUGGAUUACGCCUAUCACCAAGCAGCUGAAUCAGUCUACUUCCGAUGGAGAGGCGUAUCACGGGUAUUGGCAGCAGGACAUCUACUCUAUCAACGAGAACUAUGGUACAGUGGAGGACCUUCAGGCCCUGUCAAGCGCCCUCCAUGAUCGCAAUAUGUACCUAAUGGUCGAUGUUGUGACCAAUCAUAUGGGGUACGCCGGCAGUGGUGAUAGUGUUGACUACAGUGUCUUCAACCCUUUCAACUCACAAGACUACUUCCACCCCUACUGCGAGAUCACCGACUACUCCAACUUAGCCAUGGUAGAGCAGUGCUGGGAGGGCGACACCAUUGUUUCUCUGCCGGACCUGAACACCGAGUCCACUGAGGUCCAGGGUAUUUGGAAUAACUGGAUCUCCGGUCUUGUCUCUAACUACUCCGUCGACGGUCUGCGCAUCGACUCCGUUUUGGAGGUUCAAAAAGACUUCUGGACUGCCGGCUUCACCGAGGCUGCUGGUGUCUACACCAUUGGCGAGGUUGACAAUGGCGACGAAUCCAUUGUCUGUCCUUACCAGGAGGUGCUUGACGGAUUCGUCAACUACCCACUGUACUAUCCUCUUCUAAAUGCUUUCAAGUCGACGAGCGGAAGCAUCAGCGGCCUCUACAACAUGAUCAACACCCUCAAGGACAACUGCAAGGACACCACUCUUAUGGGCACCUUCGCCGAAAACCACGAUGUGCCCCGCUUUGGCUCGUCUGUCCCCCCCCCCCCUACCUCCAUCCCACUCCAUAUAAUCCCACUCACUUACAUUCCCUUCAGAGCUACCAAUGACAUGUCCCUUGCCCAGAAUGCGGCAGCCUUUACCAUCAUGUCCGACGGUAUCCCCAUCAUCUACGCGGGCCAGGAGCAGCACUACCAAGGCGGCAACGUUCCUAACAACCGCGAGGCUGUUUGGCUGUCCGGCUACAACACCGACAGCGAGCUUUACAAGCUCAUCAGCCAGGCCAACGCCGUCCGCAACCAAGCUAUCUACCGUAACAGCAGCUACCUCACCUACAAGAACUACCCCAUCUACCAAGACGACACUACGCUUGCCAUGCGCAAGGGCUACGAUGGUACCCAGACCGUCACCGUUCUCUCGAACCUCGGCGAGGGCGGCAGCGAGUACACCCUUUCGCUUGGCAACACGGGCUUCAACUCUGGCGACUCUGUUACGGAGAUCAUCACCUGCACUUCUCUCACCGUGGACGAUAACUCGAAUGUGCCGGUCCCCAUGGCUAGUGGUGCGCCGCGGAUUAUCUACCCCACCUCUGAGCUUGAGGGCUCUGUUCUUUGCCGGUCUUAG